CGACAGCGCGGCACUGCACGCACUGGCAGGGCACCCACUGCACUGCACUGCAGGCUGCAUCUCUCGGCCACUGCCACUGGCACUUCCUCUUCCACUUCCACUCCCGGGGUCCGCGCACUCUUUUCUUGCCCGUCGCACCUCCUCCACACGGCCGCAACUGGAACUACCGUACCUCUACACGGCCAGAGUUCAAGUUACACACCAGCAUCCCGCCUUCUCUCGUCGCUGCCUCACCCAGUCACUCCCUCGACCCUCCCCACGCAGCAGCCUUCAAGUUGACAUCGAGUCCUUGCCCCCAGUGGUAAACCACUACGACACCACGAUCCCUCCAUCUUCGUGAUCCCGCCUCGCUGCAGCGGAGAAAUCGUUCUCUCUUAUCGUCCGCCGCGACGGCACGGCCUCUCCCUCGCGAUCAGCCGUCUCGGAACCCUAUCGGACUGCGACAACUUGGAAUAUCCGAAGUGCGAUCUAGCUUGCUUGCGCCUGUCGCGUCGCAAAACAUCUGGCCUGGCACAAGGCGGUCCGUCUGUAUACAAUUGCAGUCGAGGCCACGCGAACUCCGUAGCACACACAGCGCGUCACUGUCCCUGGGCCAUUGAUGUCUUUGAUACAGUACUGCGAUAUGACCACUCUCCUUCCGACGCCAGCCUCUACAUGACCAUGCUCGAAGAGCCCUCCAGUCGCCCACCAACUUGAUCCAUGGCCGCAAUGGUCUCGGAUUCCACCGUCAGCAGCCAUGUUUCUCUGAUUUCCCUCGAUCCUGUGCUCGCCAGCCACAUUACCGGCGCAACAACCCUUCCCGCGACCUCGCAACAUGGCUCCAGUCCGCAAAAGAGCACUCAGACUCCAGACACCGCCCGGUCCCGCAGACAUUUUAGGAACAACUCUGCGCCCGUCACGGCGCACAAGAAGAGAUCGAAUUCGCUGCGCCGCGCGAAGAACAGCACCGAGGUGUUGAGACAGAGAUCCAUCAAGUCGGGAAAGAAAACAAAGCCUCUGGAGACGAUCCCCGACAAUAAAGAAGGUCGCACUUUCACCAUCGGGAACGUUGGUACCGGAGGCAUCCUCUAUCUGACGCCUUCAACCCACCAAGUGUCGGUACCGCACCAGACCCAGAUUACCUCGCCCAUUGUCUUGACUGUCCCGUCCACUGCGCCAGCUUUUCUGGGGGACGGGAACCUCGCAGUUCUAACCGAAAGCGAAGACACGAGCAACCCUUCUGAAGUUUUUUCCCAGCCGCAUUCGUCUUCUCCUAUAAUUCGCUCGAGAAGAUUCUCCACGAGAUUGGCGCCCGGUGCUCAACAUGGUCGCUCUCAAUCUUGUUCGACCGUGGAGGAACGCCGCCAGUCCGCGUCCGCAAUGAAGUCGAGGACUUUGAAGAUUGUGAUCAAUCGCCCUGACGGUAGUCGAGAGCCCACGGACGCAAACACUGGUGAAGAGAACAAGAAAGCCUUGCCAACGCUGGAGGUGCCUAUCCCGCAUUACCGUAUCGGCACAUUUCGUUUUAGCUCCCAUGGCACGCCCGUGCUGCGCAGCUCCUCCUAUACGCGGGGCUCCGCCACGCCCUCCGAUGUGACUCCCACACCUGGGAUUUUUCAUGGAGACAGUUAUUUCGGAGGGGUGCCAAUGUCCGGCCUGAGGAUGUUUGCCUCAACGGAGGUUGCGCAAGCGCAAGAUUCUGCGCAUAUUCCCCCUGCGCACCAGGAGACGGUUCACAAGUCGACUUCGAGGGCAGUCUCCACGGUGACCAACCCCGCUGAGCCCAAGCUGUUCGAUGACUUGAACGCCGUAUAUGAUGAUCCCUCUGUUGUCCGGUAUUGUCAGAAUGUGCGCGAAAUCACCGCGGCCACCCCUGCUCGAAUCAUCGCCCAAAUUUCUUCUGAUUCGUUUAUGGACUAUGAACUUGUCUCUGACUUCUUCCUGACCUUCCGUUCUUACAUGUCCACGUACGAGGUGCUCGACCUCCUGCUUGCUCGGCUGAGAUGGGCCAUUGGUCGCAUGGAAGAGGAUGGGAGGAUCAUUCGGGUUCGGACUUUUGCGGCCCUGCGACAUUGGAUUUUGAAUUAUUUCAUGGACGACUUCUACCCCGAUCGUCGUCUGCGGGAGCGAUUUUGUGAAGAGAUUAACAGGCUGUACGCCGACGUAAAGGCGAGCCCGCAACAUGGGUUUAGUGACCUCAAGUUGCUGCGGGAUCUGAAGCGUUGUUGGAUUGGCCGAUGCUCGCUCUGUUGGGAUCCAGCACAGUUUCAGUUGGAUGGAGAACAAGAGGAAGAUAUCCAGCCGGGCGACACAGUUGAUCUGGAUGACACGCCAACGCCUCGUGUCAGCACACGUCUCCUUCAUGCCCAACCUGAAACACGCCAAUCGGAAGUCCUCCGCGGGCCUCACCGUAGCUGGUUUGAGGCAGACCUACUCGGCAAGCCACAACAUAGCCGUCAGGAGUCUGGGGCCUCUCGUCGAGACCCCAAUUCAAUGGUGAGUGACGGGAGCGUCCAGGCCACUUCCUGUUUCGUACCAAAACAGCUCCUGAAGAUUACCGGCGACGGCGAGGUUCAUUGCAAAGGCCCGCACCUGGUGUCGGUUCAGCAAAGGCGUAGGAACGCCCCCGCGAAUCUCCAUGUCACGACGCAUCCAGCCUCUUCUCCGAAGCUUCCUGGUCAUAAACGAGGUGCGAGCUCCAUCGAUAGCAACAGGGAGCCUACUCCUCAAAAGACUGAUCUUGAUUCCUCUUUGGCUGGCACUGAAGAUGGAGCCAUCAUUCGGGGACUUUUGUACAGUCCAAGUGCGCCCUUUGUCCAGAUUGUGUCGCCAGGUUCAACGCAAUCCCUUGAUAGGCAUGAGCUGGGAAUUGGUAUGCGAGAGACUCCGAAAAGGGAACACGGUACACAUUUAGGCACUCACCCAAUUGGGAGAAACAUUUUUGGCUCCUUGCGGAAAGUCCUGGGCAGUAAAAACGGACCGGUCAACAUGACUUUCUUGACCGUUUCACAGUCCGAACAAGGCACGAGUGUGCGUGGCCACAGGGCACACUUACCCAUCAACAUCUCCAAAUCGCACGAUGAGUUGCACAACAAGACUGGAACUGCAAUGGCCAGGAAGGCUGAGAUACGCAUUGAUCUUUUGUGCGCUGCUGUUUGUCAGAAUUAUGAAUCGAAAUUCCCGACCAAACGGCGCAUCACCUAUGGGCCACUCUAUGCCAGCGAUGCACCAUUUCAGCCAACCGCCCUUGGUGAAGAGGAGUCAAGAACGCCGCGGCAAGUGAGUCAGGCCACGGCCGAAAGUGGUUCUAUCCUCAUCGUGGACGACACUGGUGUUGAAGGUGUUGAUCCCUCGUCAUUAGCUGGCGGCAUCCCAUCAGCAGAGGACGGUACGUCUGGCCAGGCACUGGAAACAGCCCCGGAUCAUGCGCCGCAAACCAGCUAUCACCAGGCUGCUACACUCCGCGGCGGUAGUCUCGAUGCGGUCGUGACUCAAAGAAGCUCAAACGCCCUGGGUGAUAGAUUGGACACUUUGUCUGUGCCAGAACACGAGAACCCGUUGGAGUCGGCCGCUGUUGCUGCGCCCGAGGUUGAAGCAGCUUUGGAAGACAGACAUGGAUCAGCACGAACUGUGGACAGGCCAGUCACCCCUACGACCGCUAGCUCUAAGACGGUCCGGGAUGACGCUGAGCUACUUGACAUUCCGGGACAGCCAGCCCGCGCGUCUGCAGAUCAUGUACCUAUCGUCCUGUCUAGGCCACAGAGUAAUCCAAAGCAUGAGGGCACGGAUUCUGACGGCCCUUCAGAACCAAAGACGCCAUCUCACAUGCCGUCUCAUAGGUUAAGGCGAAGGCCUGGAGGGGAUCUGCGUCUUGUGGAGAAUGUCCAAGAAUUGGAUCAUGCCAUGCAUCAUGCCUCAGUCGACACUUCGAGCAUUGUCUCUCACUCCUCCCACGAGUCCUUGCUCAUUAUGAAGACGGACAAGGUCGGCCAAGGGAUUCCUCCGGACGCGGGGCCUCCGAACAGAGCUGUCUCUAUGAUCAACACCCAUUCGUCUCAGCAUUUGCGUCCCUCAUUCGAGGCUGCCAUCGCAGGCUUCUCUGCCAUACCAGAUGAUGACGACGGUGGACUUGAAGCCACUCUCCUCAAACUUGAAGGGCGCUACGAAAAGAAGUCCCCACCCCUCGACCAACAUCCAAUCGAUACAACGGGAAGGAGGCGGUCCCUGCCUGAUCUGGGUACGAGCCAUCAACGGGAUUACCCCUUGUCGGCCUUACCAGACAACCUCCCUGAACCUAUCUCGCGGCCGACCAAUGACGAGAUUCAAGCUACGGUCAACGAAGUGGGAUCUGAUUCGUCAAGCGAUGACUUGCCCAUCGAGACUACCAGGGUGGUGGAAACAGAACAGCAGUCACCACGGAGAUCGUCAAUAUACGGACUUCCCACAGAAUCUGUGGCGGGCUCAGAAGAGUCCUAUAAUUCUCUGCCCCUUCUACGACGCCCAACAGGGCCUCAGAGUGCUGGUCCGUCCUUGAUUCUGGCCGCUGCUCCUCAGCCUCCCGCAACGGCACCAGGCUACUAUGCUCAAGAUCCUCCACAGCUCUUCCACCUGCCGAAAGGCCCACCUGCCAGUGUGAUCAAGCAUCACCACAGUCUAGUUAGACCGUCGACUGCAAAUGAGAGUGAGCAGUCAUUCCUUCUGGAUGAAGACGAGAAUCUCUCGGACUUGUCCUCGGAGAUCUCGGUUGACAUCAUCAAUCAUGCGGAGCCCGGAAACCGGUCUAUCUCGCCCAUGCUUGCGGCUCCAGGGACCGCCAUCUCCGGACUAGAAAUCCCGGCUCAUCCGUUGACCUAUGCCUCGGUCGUCAACCUCAACAUACCGGAGGAGAACAAUAAACGAUCAUCGGACCCGGUGCCACCCUUUAAUCCUGCAGAAACGUCUCAAAUACCACCUCCCUCGUUCCAACAACCACCGAUUCAGGAAUCUCCACCUUUGCAACCUCUAGCACGCCUGCCGGCGGGUCCGGCACACGUUCCUUUUGUGCUCGCAUGCGAUUCACAAGUCCUUGCCCAGCAGAUGACUCUCGUGGAGAAGUCGGCGCUCUGCGAGGUUGAGUGGUCGGACCUGGUGGAAAUGCGUUGGAACAACAAGGCUGCCGACGUCCUGGAUUGGGUAGAGUGUCUGGCACGUGGUGAUAUCACCGGUAUCGACCUAGUCAUCACCCGCUUCAACCUGGUGGUCAAAUGGGCUCUUUCCGAGAUUGUGCUCACUCAGGAUAUCCAUGAGCGAGCCCGCGUCAUCACCAAGUUUAUUCAUGUAGCAGCACACGCCCGACGGUUACAUAAUUACGCGACUAUGCUUCAGCUUACAAUAGCGCUUACAUCAACUGACUGCACGCGACUGACUCAAACCUGGGACAUGGUUGCAGACCCGGACAAGUCUCUGCUCAAACAUAUGGAAGCUCUUGUACAGCCGGUCCGCAACUUUCAUGAUCUCCGUUUGGAAAUGGAAUCUGCCGAUCUCAGUGACGGCUGCAUUCCAUUUAUAGGCCUCUACAUCCAUGAUCUUACUUAUAAUGCCCAGAAGCCGUCACACAUCCAGGUCGGACAUAAUACCGAGCCGCUUGUCAACUUUGAGCGCUACCGAACCACGGCUGUCAUUGUAAAGGGACUACUGCGACUAAUCGACGCUAGUUCGAGGUAUACUUUCGAGCCCAUAUCCGGGAUCAUUGAGCGCUGCCUUUGGCUUGCCGCACUAUCAGAUGAACAGAUUCGCAACGCCAGCCAAAUGUUGGAACCGGGACCGAUUGUUAGAUGAAAAAAUACGCGGUGCGAGUCCAACGUCGGAACAAGGACCGUGAUUGGCAUGAAGGGGUUAUUCUUUCUGUAUUCAUUGGGCAAACUUGUCUGUUAUUGAGCUUGGAUGUCACCAGUCCUCCGUGUGCAUUUCUGGCAUUCUCACUACCAAGCGUUAAGCGACGGCGUUAUCAGUUGCAAGGGUUCCACUUAUGGGCCAUCUCAGUGGACAUCCUCAACCGCGUUGUAUAGGAGGACCCUCUGAGAUGGCCGCUGGCAGACGGGAUGGGGGACAUAAUACUUGGGGAGCCGGCAUCGAUCGGGUUAUACAGUGUAAUGUUUUUGAUCAUCGAAGAAUCGAGUAUAUUGUGCAUCGCUUUGUAGGGCGCUUAGGGUGUGAUCUCAGGGGGCACUUCUCAAUGCAGGACAAGGCUGAACUCCUG